UAACAGGCUAACCGGAAAAUGGUCGAUCAGGUAUCUUAUAAAAUUAAGGUUAUCUCAUUCCAAUAUGGAUGGUAUUAACAUGGUGUCAAAUGAGAAAAGUGAUUUUGAAAAAUAUUUAGAAUAUAGAAUUUUUAAAUGUUCAAGUUAUUCAUCAACUUUUGUGCCUGAAAAUAUCAUUAUUGAUAAACCAUUUGAUCAAAUGUCUCGUUGGUCAACUGAUAAUGAUAGUCAUCCUCAGUUCAUAAUUCUAAAAUUACAACAACCUUCAAUAGUAAAAACUAUAACAUUUGGUAAAUUUGAAAAAGCACACGUCUGUAAUGUUAGAAAAUUUUUAGUUUAUGGAGGUCUUGAACCAGAAAAUAUGAUAAAACUUGUAGAAGGUGGUUUAAAAAAUGAUUCAAUAUCAGAAACAUUUGAAUUUAAUUAUAGUAUUGGUGGCAAAGAAAAUUAUUUCCCUAUUAGAUAUGUAAAAAUUUUAUUAUUACAGUCGUGGGGCCCUAAUAUGUAUUGUUCAGUCUGGCAUAUUCGAUUAACUGGAACUGAUAAUAUUAAGUUAGUUAAGCCAAUUAUGGAUUGGUUAAGUAUGUAUCAACAAAGAGAGAUUAUAAGACUGUGUAUGAAACACUUCAGAAAGUGUCAAGAGAAGGAAGUAGUAGAUACCUUGAAGCGGGUGACAGGAGUAUCAUUAGAAGAUUCUCAAUUAUCAGCAUUAUAUGAUAUACUUGUUGUAAAAGGGGACCAUAUGCAAGCUGAACAAUUUAUUUCUAGGGCUGUUAGUAUGGGACUAUUAGAUGAGUACAUAAAUGCCCAGUCAUAUGAAGUAUUAUGGACAAAGUUAUCAAUAUCAGAUCCAAAACCUGGUAUGAGAGGAGGUCAUCAAAUGGUUUUAGAUUCAAUUUCAGAAGUUCUUUAUCUGUUUGGUGGUUGGAACGGUAAUCAAGAUCUUGCAGAUUUAUGGGCUUACAAUAUUAAUACUUCAACUUGGUCAUUAAUUUGUUCAAAUACAGCAGCAAUUGGUGGCCCAAGUGCGCGUUCAUGCCACAAAAUGUGCUUAGAUCCAGGGAGACAUCAACUAUUUACGUUAGGUAGAUAUUUGGAUACACAAUAUCGUACACCAGAAAAUUUGAAAAGCGAUUUUUAUGUAUAUAAUAUUGAAUCAAACAAAUGGACAUUGAUUUCUGAAGAUACAGCUGCAGUUGGAGGUCCUGAUCUUAUAUUUGAUCAUCAAAUGUUGAUGGACAUUGACAAAAGAACAAUUUAUGUUUUUGGAGGACGCAUACUUGUUCCAACAACAAAUCUAGAAGAAAAUACAACAAAUUCAAACGAAUUUGUAUUUUCUGGCUUAUAUUCUUAUCAUGUUCCUACUGGUACUUGGCAAAAACUGGCUUGUGAUGUUUCUAGACCAAGUAUCCAAAACGUACUAAGUAUCAGAUCUAGAGUAGGUCACUCUAUGUUAUUUCAUCCUGAAUCUAGAAAAUUAUAUAUAUUUGCUGGUCAAAGGGGUAAAGAAUAUUUAAAUGAUUUUUUUACAUAUGAAGUAGAUACUAAUAAAGUGGAAUAUAUUAGCUUAAGUGAAUUAGGAAGUAAAGAUUCAAAUCAUAUUCCUGCAGCUGGAUUUACACAGCGUGCAAAUAUAGAUCCAAAACUUGGAGAGAUCUAUGUUUUAUCUGGUUUAAGUAAAGAUAAGGAUAAGCGGGAUGAAAAUGUUCAAAAUUCAUUCUGGGUUUAUAAUAUAAAAAGCAAUAAAUGGACUUGUAUUUAUCGAAAUGAAAAUAUAGGAGAAAAAUAUUGGAGUAAGAUGCAAAAUUAUGAACCAUGUCCACGAUUUGCUCAUCAACUUGUUUAUGAUCACAUAAAGAAGGUACAUUAUUUAUUUGGUGGCAACCCAGGACGAGUAUGUCUUCCAAAACUUCGACUUGAUGAUUUUUGGCAAUUGCGACUAUGCAGACCAUCCCAUGACCAAAUACUUAAAAAAUGCAAGCUCAUCAUCAGAAAACAUAAAUUUGAAGAACUUGCCAUGAAUAAUAGUAUAGAAGCUCUAGAGUACUUGCAAACAAAAGUUUCAGAAAUUAUUGAUCAUGAAGAUCUUGAACAAACCAAAGAGUUUCAACAAUUGGCAUCAGUUCUUUUUCGUGAACAAAAUAGUUCUAAAUCAGGAUCUACUCAAGAAGACAUAAAUGACUUAUUUGGAUUGACUUCAGGCAACUCUAUGGUUAAAAUAAUUCAUACCCGUCGUACCGAUCUGUAUGAUAAGUUAUCAGAAUUUUUCCCUGAAUCACUAACACAACCACGCGUAAAUCUCAUCGAUCUUUUGCCGUUAUGAUGAGAAAUUUAACAAAUCUAUAUAUUUUUUAUUUCCUAUUUGGAAUGACAAUAACAAAAACGUAACAUUUUUAUUUUAUCAAUGAUUCUCAAUUUGAUUACUUCAUUUCUUACAAGGAGAGAAUUAUGUACAGAAAAUUUAAUUGAAAUCAUAU